GAAACGGAACGCACUAUUGGAGUGAUUUGGAUUUUUCAAUAGAAUAAAAUUCAAUUCAAUGACUUGUGCAAAUUUAGAUGUUGAUUUGUUGAUGACGGUACAACAAUAAGUUUUGUGCAAUAAUAGAUAAUAAAGUUGUGCAGGGCUAUUUACUCCCGGCCAGGCUCAUGCCGCCGUCAGUACUAGAGGAUAAUUGUUAAUAACUUGUUUUGUGAAUUUAACAAGAUGUUUGAAGACGACGAUUAUGAGAAUAUGGUGACGAGCUCCGAGCGUAUUAAGAGCUUGGGGUUCAAACCGCAGAAGGAAAUCCUGACCAACCGGUUAUUACCAUAUGCCGAGGAGUUAGAUGAAGAGUCUCUGCGGUUCUUGGAGCAGGUGAAGACGAACCUGGCCAAGUCUGUUAUGUUGAGAGAGAUGAAACCCGCUUGUGGAGUCUGGUCUUCCAGGCUUAUGAAGUACAUAAGAAUAUAUGGACUGAAAUUCUCAAAGGAAGAUCACAUUACACUUGUAAAGUUGACAUUUGAGUUGGCUCUCACGCCUGACCUGGAGCCAUGCAAGAUCCACAAGUUUGCUACAAUUUUUACCAUGUUAACAAAGAAACUUCAUCUUAUUUCACCUGAAGAAUUGACACUACCGUGGCGUCCACUCUAUGAAUUGGGGAAGAAAAUUUACGACAAGAGUUCGGGCUUAUUCCAUUAUCUUACGCCAGACCAACCCGAUAACGACGCAUCGACAUUACUUGCUGGGUUGUCCAACCUACUGCCAGGAAUAGACGUAGCCCACUUCUUAAAUUCACAAGGGGUGGAACUUAAUAUGCCCAAAUCGUUGGAGAGCUCUUAUCUAUCAAUGGUCAAAUGCGCAAGGCCGUACUUUGAACUGAGUGCAACUCAAGAAAUCCUAGACGAGUUCCUGCCGCAGGUUUGCCCGUGGAACACAGAGUCCCACGUGUUGGGCCAACUAGUGGUGUUCCUGCCGGUGUCAUUGAACCCGAACAACGCUGCGCAGGGUCACCUGCUCUGGUUCGAAAAGAUGAUGACGCUGUGGGACUCGUGUCAUAAUUCACCUUGUGGUGUUUCGGAGCUGAUAAUGCUAUUCGCCGGUCUGGCCAAACACAACCCCGGUUCGGUGGACUGGGCGCCGUUCGUGCCCAACAUGUUCACGCGAUUCCUACACGCGUUGUAUCUGCCCGUCAGCUACAAGGAUAUGCAGAUAUCGAAGUGCCAUUCGCUUGACAUGAAACAAGUGGCCCUUUGGAUUGUAUGGGCGAUAAAUCCCGACGGCGUGGUACUAAAACACCUCCGGAGUUUCCUAGCUGGGGUCGAAAGCUACCUCCAUAGCGCCAACUCAGGCCGUUGGUCGUAUAAGCUUAGAGACUUACUGAGGAAGCUAGCCAGGGAGUUUCUAAAUAGGGUGCGACGCGAACGCGAAAAGAAAUUCAAACAGACAUGGGAGAACCAAACCCCUGAAGCAUACAAGCUUAGAGAAGAGGAUAUCACUGAAUUCGUGAACAUUGUAUUUGAGCCGACCCUUCAAGCGGUAUACAGCAGAAGCGGUUCUCUCGACAUCUUCAUGGCUUUACAGAAUCUAGCCACGCUAAGGCCGGCGAUUGUAGUGCCUCCCCUGUUGGAAAAACUUCGCACAUCUUUAACGUCCCUCACAGAACCACAUAGAGUAACGGCAGUUAUGUCUGCUGUCGCAUCAGUCGCUAGGCCCAUGCUAAGAGGCCGGGACUCUGAUUACCCUGAAGGGCAAACCCAUGUAGUUCCAUUCCUCAUGGCUGUAUUACCCGGCUUAGACCCCAAUGACACGAAAAAGACAUUGGUCACUCUGCAUUUCAUACUUAUCUUCAGCUGGAUGGUCCCCAUCAUAGAUUGCAGCUCAGCGCACGAGCACUGGUCGGAUUUGACCGAAGAAGAGCUAUUGACAUGUGAAUCUACAGCGCAGUUAGAAGAUUUCGUUCUCGUCUUCUUAGACAGACUGUUCGUGUUUAUCGAGUCUAGUGUAAUGGAACACGUGCGAUUGGAUACGAAAGAGUCAGAGCUGAGUCGUAGUAAGAUAGACGGCGUCAUGGAAACAUCAAUGUCUUCAGCAGCCACCGCGGUCCUUAUGCAAUGUUCGCCGAAAAUCUUCAAAGAGGCGUUGAGGAAAUUCAAAGCGUUCGCCACUGAAUCUACUUUCGAGAUCAACGUAUCGGGCAGCAUGGUUGGGGUACUACUAAGAGUCUUCGCUCGCGUUGACUCCGAGGCUACAUUAGCCGCAUUUGUGCCUAAAUUGUGUCAAGAAUUGACAGAAUUACUAGCCACAGAUGAAACUUUACACGAAGAAAAUCCAUCUAGAGAUUUGGUUUACAGAUUGGUGUUGCUAAUGCACGCGGUAGAAUGUGAUGGCGUGGUGUUACUUAAAUACAUACCGCAAAUAUUGCCAGUGUUAGAUCGCGCUCUAAAACUUCACUCUGUCGUGGCUCUCGGGCGAGCUUGUGAGAUUCUGAGUCACAUAUUUACGUCUCUAUCGAAUUUAUAUAUCUAUGAGUGGAAAAGUUCACCAAAGAAUUAUUCAGAAGCUCCGGAAAAAUGGCUGCCGAUACGAGAGUGGGGCGACGGGUGUUUGUUGAAGGAAGCUAAUUUCAAAUGGCAUAUGCCUAACGCUCUAGAAGCGGAAUGUGCUCAAAUGUUAGUAGAUAGGUAUUUGAAGCCGGAGAUUUUGAGGUUAAGGCAGUGGCUGAGUGAUGAGAGGCCGAUCUGCCGGGAGAGGAGGUUGAGGAGUUUCCAUAUAAUAAAUGCGGUGCUGUCCUGUGCUACGUUCAUGCCGCCACCUGAUGAAGAUCAUAUUGCCGUCAUGGAAUCCCAAGUACCAGCCACGAGCAUGCCGCUAACAAACGGCAUCAAACACGUAGUGACAUUGGACGGAGUGAAUGUUCGCGUGUCGCUCACGAAGCUGAUGCUAGAAGUACAGUCGCGCAUGUUGGCCGACAAGUCGGAUGACACGCGCGGCUUUGAAAUGCUCAUACAGGUCUGGGAACGAGUAGUAGUGACAAAAGGUCUCCGCGCCAGUUCUCGCCUCGACGCCCGUUUCCGUUCCUUCGGAGCCCUGGAAAGGGCCACCGACGGUCGUGGGGGAAUCUCCAUCAGCCCAGCUGGAACAGCUCGGUUAAGAAUGCUGUUGGCUGAUGCUGCAAGACUCCAAGACGAUGCGAGAUUGGACCUCGUCUGCGAUGCCGGAAUAACCCGCUCCGCCUUAGACGCCUUACACGCGUUGGCUGAACUCUCUGUCAAUACCUAUAGCACGGUAAGAGUACUUUCUCAAGUACGUCUGUAUUGGAUGCUAAGCCACUACCCAUACUCGUACCGCGCGCUUGUGCCGAAACUGGCGGAAAUUCUAAACAAAGGCGGGGAAGGCGACGAGUGGCACGCCAAGCACAAGGGCGUCCUCUACAUUAUGCUGGGCCCGAGAUCUUGGCCGUUCGUGGCUAAGCAAGAUUGGGAGGUAGUGCGUACGCUAUGGCCAGCUAUUUUGAAGGCGCCUCUCAGUGAGAAACCUAGUAUUUUGAGAUUAGAGCAAGCGUUCAUCGACUGUCUGCAACGCAACUUCCCCGCUGUAAACACACGCCUUACCAUGGCGCAAUCUGCAAUAGAUAUCGCCCAGACUCUUCUUCCACAAUCUAAACUAACAGAGCCAUCGUUUGCGGAGCUAUUGAAAAAAGCCCCUGAAAAAGAAAAAGCAUAUUCUGACAAAUUGGAAGCGACCUACAGAGAGUUGAUCGAAGAGUUGGUUGAUAUUGCCGAAACGCCAAAUAUCCAAUGGCGCCGUCUCGAGUUAGCAAUGCAAAUGCUUACUUUCUGUCCGUCCAUACAAACGGACUAUACUCCUCGCGCGGUACGCCUCAUGCUACGCGGUCUCAUACAUGACGAUAUAGCCGUGCGGAAAAUAUCAACUGGAUUAACAUACUAUGCGCUUAAACAGUGCAAACGACCGCUGAAGAAAAUAGAAGUGGAUCCCUAUGAAGUGGCUGGAGUGACGAAACCAAUCAUACAUGUACCAGGCUACAGAAAAGACCUUGAGUGGACUCUAUGGUCUGAAGAGAGGGUACCAAAGACAGAUGAAGAGUGGGAUAAACCCUGGCUCAGGAACCUUAUCUACGGUUUCUAUGCAUGGCCUAAGAAAUUAGAGGUAGCCGCCCCUUCAAGUGAGCAAGUCCGAACCUGCGACGUGCCCUUAGACAAGAUGACGGAAAGUGAACAAUAUGUCCACGAGUUCUUUAGUGACGACGCGAAUAUAGACAAGCUGGUGGGCUUUCUUACUGUGGAGGAGAAGAAGGGGAAGGACAAGUUUAGCGGGAUGAGGUUCUCCGUAUUUAAGCUGUUAUUCGCGCAAUUUGGCUCCGAAAUCACCGAGAAACUGCUAUCUCGAGCGUUAAAAUGCGCAAGCGACACUCAGGAAGCGCCUCAAAGGUUUGCUGCGGAAGUGGCCGCCGCCGCAUUGAGGGCAUCCAGAAAAUACCCCCGGGAACAAGCCUUGGCUUUACAGCAGGCUGCCAUGGAUAUUGUGCAGGCUGGACUCACAACGGUUACACCAGAAACCAUGGACGAUUGGGGCACGUCCCUUGGCAUGGGUCUGGAGAAGUUGGAUCCUCUUCGAGGCGCCAUAGUCAUCAAAUCCCUACUUCAACUGUGUGUACCACCAGCAAAGCAAGACCUUGAUGUGACGCCCGAUACACACGCAUCAUUCGUUAUCUGUGCCCGGCUUUAUGCUUUACAGGGUGCGCUAGUGUCUAUGAUGUGGCGAGGCGCGCCCCUCGCCACGGAACUCCUGGAACGCCUGGAAGCCGCGCAUUUUACGCAGCAUCCAUAUCAGAACGUGCGAGAAAUCGUUGGGGCCUUACUUAUGACAAUCUUCAUGUUGGAGUUAGUGUUUCCUGGAGGUGAACACGGGCCUUCUCCGAACCUGUCGAAGUACCUCGACACCGUGCUGCCGCGGCUCGCUGCCUUGUACGACGAGAACGGAGAUAUAGUGGUGAAACCGGCGACAUCAUUACCGAGCGGGUCGUGCGGCGCGCGCGCAGCGGAGGCGAGCGCGCCCGCGCCGCGCCGAGCCGCCGCGCGCGCCCUACUGCUGGACGUGGCGCGCCUGGCGCCCGCCGCCGCGCUCGCCGACGACGACCCGCAGACAACCGGUGGAUCUGAACACAAGGAGGAUGCGAUGGCCUGUGGAGAAACCCUAGAUGCGGCGCUAGUGUCGCGGCUGGACUCUGCUCUGCGAUUGGCCGGAGACGCUGUUUCACCAUUGGCUAGCGAUCACGCUAAUGCGGUCAGCUUGCUUACCACAGUGCUUCGCGGGUGCCUGGGCGUGGUGCUGCGCGGGCCCGGCAACUACACGAGCACGCUGUACCGGCUGGCGCCCGCGGCGUGCGCGCUGGCGGCGCGCGGCGCGCAGCACGACGAGCUGCCGCGCGCCGCCGCCGCCUUCCUCGCCGCGCUGGCGCUGGCGCACCACCCGCCCGCCGCCUUCCACACCGCGCUGCGCACGCUCGAGCGGCUCGCCGACGACCGGUCGUGGUGGGCUCGACUCUCGUGCCUGGAGUUCGCACAACCACUCUUAUUCUACGGGCUACCAAUGCUGUGCGCGGAUCCAGACAGAGCAGUGCGAGCGGAGAACUUCACGCUCAAGCUGAUGAGGGACCCCAGGCUCGAGGUCCGGCAAUCAGCAGCAAAACUCCUCACCGGCCUGAUGCACUGUCGCGCUCUGCCCGACGAGGAGAAAACACUUAAGAAAUUGAUGCGUAGCUGUCACUCCAGAGAGUUGGUCGAACGCCAUUGUGGCGUCUUAGGCCUCUGCGCCUACCUCGCCUCCCGACCGUACAGCCUCGGCCCGAGACUGGGAGACGUUUUAACGGAACUGGCGAGACACACGAACGCACCCGACCCCAUACCAGCGACCAUACGCACGGCGCUAGCCGACUUCAGAAGAACACAUCAGGACGACUGGCCGAAACACAGGGAACAGUUGACGGAGGAAGAACUAGAUCUACUCGCAGACCUCACAUCGCCUCCCAGUUAUUGCGCUUAGAGAUAAUGAGAACUUUUAAGUCUGUAACUGUUCUUCGACGGAAGUUUGGCUUAAAGUCGGCGCUUAAUUCGGCGAUUAAUUUUCCGUGGCCAGAAAAUAGAAAAGUCCAUUCUGUCAACGAAUACUUAAGUCUAGUGGGCUGAAUGCCUAAAGAUAAAAUUGGUGUGGUCGAAGCGUUCGUCGGAGAAUAGUUUCAGAACCGCGAUAUUUCUCAUGCAGUUUGGAUGACAACAUCUCGGCAAAAUAUUAAUUUAGGCUGUACUCAUGUGAUAAGUUUUGCUACCUGUUUUUGCAUCAAGUUUCUUUGGAAACGUCAUUACAUUCUGCUCAAUAUUACUUCCAAAGUAUAUUUUUGUAUUCUAUUCUGUUGAAAAUCCUUAUAAAAUUAUGCUCGCUAAUAAUAUAAUACAAAUUUACCAAUUUAUUGCAUUAUAAUAUAUUAUGCAAAAUAAAUUAAUUUAAAGGUGAUGGCUAAUGCAUCCAGACAUGAUUGGGUGGCGGUCACAAGACAAUUAUCUUUUGCUUAUUUGAAAUAGAGAGUUCAUUUGUUUCCUUUUAAAUUUACACAAUGCUCAUGAUUGUUCUUACUUUUUUUUUAUUAAAGUGUGCAAUUUAUUAUUUGAGAUUUUCGAAUAACUAAAAACCACUUUAAUUUCCGAAAUAAUAACCUUGAUUAACCCCGAAUCAUGGACCUAGUUUAAAAUUAAAAGAUUUCAAAGUCAAUCUGUUUUCAUAUAAUUCUAUCUAUAUCUCGACUAUUUUCGAAUUGGUUUUAGUUAUUGAUUUUGGAUUGUUAUGUAAUUAGUGACUAAUUCACCUUUACUUAAUAAAUUUGGGUUGUUUUUCAAUUGGUAUGACUAUAGGUGUUUGUAAAUACUAUGUAUAGAUAUAAUUUGUGUUAUUAGGUAUUUUAUAAUAAUAAUAAAAAGAAGAGUUAUAAGAUAUUUUAUUUAUACAUCAAAAGUCCUUUUUAAAUGAGAAAAUAAAUGUAGUAUAGAAGUUAUGUAAUAAAUACAAAGGUAUACCAGUUACUGCACACUGUGAAUAAUGGAAUAUUUAUAAUUUUUUGCAUAUUCAGGAACACCUAUAAUACAUUUUCGUUUUUAAUUUAGACUAAAAUCAUUCUUCUGUGGUUACCUCCGAUCUUCCACAUCUGCAAAAAAUAAAAAUAUUUCCUUUGUUUUUUAUGUAAACAUAAAACUACAGGAAAGUAGACUUC